GCACAAAAUGGUCGCGCUGCGGGGCGGCUAAAGCACGUAAGUCGACUACCGCUUUAAGAACGCCAAAACGGCGGCUGCUUCUUUAAGGUUCUAUCGGGUUAUUGCCGAUUAGAUCGUGAAGAAAAGUUUGCAUUUUGGAAUCAAUAAAUCGAUGAGUAUAAUUGGCGACGACCCUGGCGCAUUUUCCGAAAAUGCGCGUCAUUCGGGGGAAGGCCUCUCGACAGACAAAUGUCUGCCGCCUGCUCGACGUGCGCAAUUCCUCGUUUGCCAAGUAAACCGUCCGGUGCUCGUGCGAAAUUAAAGACGGCCUCGAGCGUCUUGUCGGGCAUGGAACCGAGCGGCCACCGACACGAGGAUGGAAACAAAGGCGUCGAGCUGCCGGAGCGGAAGGCCGCGCAGCGGACCUCGGCCCCCGGUACGGCCGUCGCCCCGCGUAGAGGCCUCAGGGAGCGGCCGGCCACCCGGACCGCAUCCGGCGACUCCGCCGUGAACGGCUCCGGGAGGGUUUUACGGGACCGCUCGACUAGGGCCGUCCCGGCCUGGCUCAAGGACAACAAAAGUGACGAGGACCGAGACGAGCGCAGGAGGAAACUUCUCAACUCCCGACGGAGGAAAGCGGAAGCCGGCGACGGCGUACACUCUGCCGACGAAGCCAAGACGGCCGCCGCGGAUGCUGAAGCUCCUCUUUCCUGGCUCUCUCCAGCCCAGAGCGGAGCCAAGCCGCCAUCUGGCAGGGCCGUCCGCUGCUCUGCCAAGCCGCUGUGCAAAACGGAGCUCGGAAUCGAGAAUCGAGCCGGCGAGCGACCCGUUGACGCUGCUUCAGGAGAGGCAAACAUUCAAGAAAAGUAUGACAUAAAUGGAGAAGAGAAGCGUGAAGCUGUUCGGAGUCAAUGUGUGGAUAAGCGGGACCCUCAAUUUCAGAGUGACCCAAGUGACUUGAACACAGCCUCAGCCUCGCAGCCUCAGGGUGAAGCAGACGAGGAAGAGGUCAUCAGCAGUGAUGAAGAUGUUCCUUUCAGAGACGAUUUAAAUGACCAGAGCUACGACCCCAAGGCGGAAAGAUUUUUGGACGCACCCAAGCCGAAGCGCCGGCUUCCUCUGAGACAGAAGGACAAGAGAGAAAAAGAGAAGGCACCCAAGAAAGAGGAGGUGGAAGAGAUCAAAAUGGAGGGCUCAGACAACUUGGGGAGUCCAGAGAUGGAAGUGAAGCGAGAAGAAGACUUGGCGGACGACCCCGACGGGCCGAGGAAGAGGGGUCGACGGAAAAAAGAUGAUAAAACCCCACGGCUGCCAAAAAGAAGAAAGAAGCCCCCCGUGCAAUACGUCCGAUGCGAAAUGGAAGGCUGUGGCACCGUCCUGGCUCACCCUCGCUACCUGCAGCACCAUAUCAAAUACCAGCACUUGCUCAAAAAGAAGUACGUGUGCCCUCAUCCUUCUUGUGGAAGACUUUUCCGACUUCAGAAGCAGCUACUUCGUCAUGCCAAACACCAUACAGAUCAGAGGGACUACAUCUGUGAGUUCUGUGCUCGUGCCUUCAAGAGCUCCCACAAUCUGGCUGUGCACCGCAUGAUCCACACAGGAGAGAAGCCCCUCCAGUGCGAGAUCUGUGGCUUCACCUGUCGCCAGAAGGCAUCCCUCAACUGGCACAUGAAGAAGCACGACGCCGACGCCAGCUAUCAGUUUUCCUGCUCCAUUUGUGGCAAAAAGUUUGAGAAGAAGGACUGCGUGGUGGCCCAUAAAGCCAAGAGUCACCCGGAGGUGCUCAUAGCAGAGGCGCUCGCAGCCAACGCCGGCGCCCUCAUCACGACCCCCGCGACCUCGCCGGAGCCGCCGGCCGACCCGGUGCUAGCGGAGGUCGGGGGCGGAGACUGCCGCGAGGGGCAAGCUCAGCCGGCGGGCCGGGAAGGACGUGUCGGUUCGCGAGCGGCUCAGGUCUCCCGGAUGACUCGCGUGACCCCGCAAGUCGGUCAGCGGGUGGUUCUGCUGGGACAAGAGCAGGCGCUCCACACCGUGCAGGUGCCGGUGACGAUUGCCCUUUCCCCCGUCGACCCUCCGCCGCCCGCUGACCACCGGCCGCAGACUCAAGUCCAGCUCCAGAUGCCCGUCCAGUUUAUUCAACAACCGCCGCAAUUUAGCACGCAUUCCCCGUCGGCCCAGCGCCAAUCCCGGCUCCGGCCUCUUCAGUCCUACUCCUCCCAGCGGGAGAGCCAAGGGCAGAUCCUCCAAAUGAGCUUCCAGCCAGUCAGCCAGUCCCAGACCACCGACUCCGGCCCCCCGCUCCUGUCUCCGCCCCAGCCCCAGGAGGCGUCCAACAGCGAAACCUUCAGCCCGGACAAUCCCGCGCCGGCUCCCUCCUCCCCGCCGGCGAACUCCUUCCGUCCGAUUCCGACAGAAGGGGCGGGCGGCGCGGCCUGGGAGCAAAUCAGCGGAGGGGGCGCCCUAUCCGACAGCGCCGAGCGAGACGCGUAGACGCGUAUCGUCAUUUGAGACCGACCGACGUGAUGUCACCUACACCAAAAGUGUCAUACGAAGUUCGAAGGUUAACGUAGGAUCUCUCGGUCAUAUGUUAGCUUUUCCAGAAUAGCUUAUCAGGGAAGCAUACGUGCGUGUGUAACUUUGUACAUAGUAUUCCUGUAAACGCUUUUUAUGUGAGUUUGCUGGUUGAGUGUUGUAAAGCUCUUACUGUUAAUAGGCACUACGAAGUAUGCAGAACAUUUAAUGUCCGGUCUUGUAUACAAACUUGAAAAGUGAAUUACACCCAGAACACACUGUAGAGUUCUAGCAACCGUCUUUGUUUAUUUAUAAGUCCACACUAUAUAUGACCAUUGACAAUAGGGCUGCCACUUAACGUGUUUGUGUUUCAGAUGAACUUUUCUGUUAAUUGUUAAACAUCUUGUUUUGUCUAUAACAAAGUCUACUGUCAGGGUGAAAGCCAAUGUGUUUAUAUGUAAUGUUCUUGUAUUCAAUAAGUUAAUGAAUCCAUCAUGCAUUGUUCGUGGCAUUUAGCAGAAGUCAUAACCUGUACAGAUAAGGAAUGAGUUGUUUACAGUUUGGGCUUUUAGGGGCAAAUGUGCUGCAGGCUUUGCGGUUAAGGGCGCAGAUAUGCCGACUUUUCAUUUCGAGGAUGUGAAUAAAUGUCUUAACAACGCA